AUGGCAACCUCAACUACUACGGCCACGGCCACAUCUGCUGUCAAGGUUGCUCCGCAAGGAGGUAUCCUGGAGGGCGGCAACCCAUCAGAAUAUGACCCCAAGAACCCGCUUGUGCUGUUUAUCAUCCAGGCAGUUAUCAUUAUCGUGCUGUGUCGCUUGAUCCACUGGCCCCUGUCAAAGAUUCGGCAGCCUAGAGUCAUCGCAGAGGUCAUUGGAGGAAUUAUCCUGGGUCCAUCGGUGAUGGGCCGCAUUCCUGGAUUCACUGAUGCUAUCUUCCCGACUGCCAGUAUCCCGAGUCUGAAUGUCGUCGCCAAUUUGGGACUUGUGCUUUUCCUCUUCCUAGUCGGUCUCGAAACCGAUCUUCGCUUCUUGAUCAGCAACUGGCGUGUGGCACUGAGUGUCUCGGCAGCUGGUAUGAUUCUACCCUUCGGGUUGGGUAGUGCCAUCUCCUACGGAUUGUACCAUGAGUUCCACGGUGACCCAGGCACCAAGCCUAUCGCCUUCGGAACCUAUCUGCUCUUCAUCGGUAUUGCCAUGGCCAUCACUGCAUUCCCCGUGCUCUGUCGUAUCUUGACCGAGUUGAAACUGCUUUCUACACGCGUUGGUGUGAUUGUCUUGUCGGCCGGUGUCGGAAAUGACGUUGUGGGGUGGAUUCUACUCGCCCUGUGCGUGGCGCUGGUGAAUGCAGGCAGUGGCAUUACCGCAUUAUAUGUGCUUCUGGUAUGUGCCGGGUACAUGCUGUUCUUGACAUACGUCUUCCGCCCGAUAUUCCUUCGCUUCCUUGAGAAGACAGGCAGUUUGCAGAAAGGCCCCAGUCAGUCGGUGGUGGCGCUGACACUGUUGAUCGCAUUGGCAUCGGCUUUCUUCACGCAAGUCAUUGGUGUCCAUGCCAUUUUCGGAGGGUUCGUUAUUGGUUUGAUCUGUCCCCAUGAGGGUGGAUUUGCUAUUAAGGUCACCGAGAAGAUUGAAGAUCUGGUCGGUGCUCUGUUCCUCCCUCUUUACUUCACCUUGUCGGGUCUGAGUACCAAUCUCGGUUUGCUGGACUCUGGCAUAGUCUGGGCCUAUGUCGUAGGUGUCAUUGCUAUUGCAUUCAUUGCAAAGGUCGCUGGAGGUGCUUUUGCAUCUCGUCUGUGUGGCUUGCUGUGGCGCGAAAGCUUCUCCAUCGGUGUUCUGAUGAGUUGUAAGGGAUUGGUGGAACUGAUUGUGCUAAACAUUGGUUUACAAGCCAAGAUCCUGAGCACCCGUACCUUCACUAUCUUCGUCGUCAUGGCUUUGGUGACCACAUUCCUAACAACCCCUCUAACGACGUGGCUAUACCCAACUUGGUAUCAAGUCAAGGUCGACCGAUGGAGACGGGGAGAGAUUGACUGGGAAGGAAAUCCUCUCGAUAACACUGGCCGCAAUGACAGCGUUGCAGUAGCCAAGGACGAGAUCAAGACCAUCCCUGUCCGAAAGCUACUCGUCUACCUUCGCCUGGACGGACUCUCCGGAAUCUGCACGCUGGCAGCUCUCCUCAGCUCAAAGCGUGAGCCCCUAUCAUCUCGCAUUCACCCUUCAAAGAUUCCAAAGCAAACCGAUCAGACAGUCGAGGACCCUAUCACCGACGAGGAGGAGGAAAAGGCCGCGCUCCGUGUCCACGGUGUCAGGCUGAUGGAGCUCACUGACAGAGACUCCAGUGUCAUGAAGGUGUCUGUUGCAGGCGAACACGCACUCUGGGAUCCAGUAGUCAACACGUUCCGUGCUUUUGGAGACUGGCACGACCUCUCUCUCAUGGCAGGCGUUUCCGUGGUGCCCGAGCACUCCUACGCUGACACCGUCAUCGGAAUGGCACAGCAAGACACUGCAGAUCUCCUUCUCCUCCCAUGGAGUGAGACCGGGACUCUAGCAGAGCGCCAAAACGGCCUCGAAACAACGGACACAAAUCGCUUCUCGAACGGCAGCUACACUAAUUUUGUCUCGGAUAUCCUACAACGCGUCUCUGGACAUGUUGGUAUCUUCAUUGAAUAUGGUCCUGGCCCCGCCAAACGGCCUUCCAUCUCCCGUACUGCCAGUGGAAUGAGUAUCCAGACUUCCCUAUGGUCCCGCCAAAACACAAACAACCGCUCACACCACGUGGUCCUUCCAUUCUUCGGUGGCGAAGAUGAUCGAUUCGCCCUCCGCUUUGUCAUGCAGCUUGUGAAAAACGACCAGGUCACCGCUACCAUUAUCCAGGUUGCCUCAAGCGAGAACAAAAAGGGCGUCACUACAACCGUUACAGCUUCGGGCUCUAGUGGCGCUGUCGCCUCGCAGUCGGACAUUUCAUUCUUCGAGACCUUGCGGGACUCCCUGCCGGACGAGCUGUCAGACCGUGUUGUCUUCACUCACCCGGAUGUCAAAGAUUCGAUCUCUGAUCAUGCCCAGCUGGCUGUUGUGUCUGUCCGGGAACAACUGAAGCAUACGUUCAAUAAGGCGAACAAUAUUGUUAUCGUGGGCCGACGUAGCGUUACUUCUGAUGUUGAACUUCCUUUGGAAGAGGCUGUUGGACAUGAUACUCGACAGGCCCUCGGUGAUCUGGCUAGUGCUAUGGUUCAGCCCGAGAACAAGAUAUACGGCAGUGUCUUGGUGCUGCAGGCUGGUACUGGUGGGCUAUCUGAUUACUAUCGUUGA